UCUAAAUUUACUGACCAAUCUAAAUCCUAAACAGCAUAGAAAAUUACAGGCACAACCUACAUAUCAUAUGGAGUUCCCAAGUCGUCAUUUUCUAUUAUCAGCCGUUUUCAUGAUCAUGAUUUCUCAUUUAAUGGCAGGAAAUGCUCCAUCCAAGUUGGUAGAAGACGUCUGCAACCAAGCAAAAGAAUUGGGCACAAAAUUUGCAGAUUGUGUUGAUGGUCUCCUAUUGGAUCCAACAAGUGCCACAGCAAAUCUCACCACUCUUGCCCAUAUCAGUAUCCAGUUAGGAAUCUCCAAUGCAACAGAUACCCAAACUUACAUUGAGAAUAUGUUGAAAAGCAAUCCUGGUUUGCAGAAACCUCUCAAAUCUUGCUUGUCUUGGUAUGAAGCAAUAAUUGCUUCGUUCAAAAGUGCACUUAUUGAACUAGAAGAAGAUGUUCCAUCUGCCAAUUAUGAUGUCAAAAUGGUUGGUGAUUAUGUUCAAGGAUGUGAAGAUGAAUUGGCAAGGGACAAGGUUCAAAUCCCAUCUGUUACUACCAGAGAUAAUUACGCGAAGCUAUAUAGUAAUAUUGCAUUUGUGAUCACAGAACAUCUUUGAUAUGCUUAAUUUUUACAUUUUCAAGUAAUAAAGAAUUCUAUUUCGAUUUUGGAAGUA